GGAUGAAAAGCUUUCCCUGAAAUGAUGUUUUUCGCGAAUAGUUGACACGACAGGGCAAAUAUUCAAGACAGAUUUUCCUAACGUCCGCCAUUUUUCUGUCUCAUUUUGCUCUGUUGCAAGGCAGCCUCCGGCCCGGCGGCGGCGCUCACCUCUGGCAAACUCUCAACAGGGUAUCUUUGAUGACGUUUGGAAAAGAAAACUGUUGAAACGAAAAGUUCGAGACGUUUUCAAACGCAGAGAUGGCGUGCUCUGAAAGCAAUAAGGGGAGUUUGGAGGAAGACAGCUAUGAAGGAGCUGUUGGUGGAGCGCUGUCCGGCUGUGCGUUGGCAAUGCUGGAAAAGGAACGGGAAUCUCUUCCCAGCCCUUCAGAGAACCAUGGCACCUUAAUCAGCAGCUCCUCCACUAGUCUUCUGGCCCAUGCACCCCUCCAGGGCUAUGAUGUUGAGUUUGACCCACCCCUAGAGAGUAAAUAUGAGUGCCCUAUCUGUCUCAUGGCUUUGAGGAAUGCCAUUCAAACACCCUGUGGUCACCGUUUCUGCAAGCACUGCAUUGAGAAGUCUAUUCGUGAUACAGGACAGAGGUGCCCUGUAGACAAUGAAAGGCUGUUAGAAGACCAGUUGUUUCCGGAUAACUUUGCCAAACGGGAGAUUCUGUCGCUAACUGUUCGCUGUCCAAACUCUGGCUGUGCUGAGAAGAUGGAGCUCCGAAGUUUAGAGAACCAUUUGAAACAGUGUCAGUUUGCCACUGUGCCUUGCCCACAGUGCCAACAGUCUGUGAGAAAGAGCCACCUUGAGGAGCACACAACUGUUGAGUGCCAAAGGAGACCUGUGUCAUGUCCAGAUUGUGUGGCAUGCUUUGUUUAUGAGGAGAGCGAGCUUCAUGAGCAGCAGUGUCCCUUUGCUAGUGUGAAGUGCCAGUUCUGUGAGAUGGAUCUCAUCAGAGACCAGAUGGAAUCUCAUUGUGAUACAGAUUGCCCAAAAGCACCCAUUGCCUGUAACUUUAGCACCUUUGGAUGUAAGGAAAGGAUGCAGCGCCACAACCUGGCUCAGCACAUGCAGGAGUUCACACAGAUGCACAUGCGCUACAUGGCUGAGUUCCUGCGUGGCCUGAGCCUCAAUGGCACCACACCCAAAUCCCCUUUGAUGCCAGGACCUUCUGUUUCCUCUGAGGACCAAGGAGCUGCAGCAUCAGGAUCAGCCUGUAGUGGGCCCAGAGGAGCUGCAAGCUCAUGUCCGCCUAGUGUUGAGAUGCAGAGGCUUAGGGAGAUGGAUGGCCGAUUGGUAAGGCAGGAUCACCAGCUGCGUGAGCUCAUCAUCUUAAAAGAAACACAGGCUGGCCAUCUUGCAGAGUUAAGGCGUAGAGUGUCAAUGCUGGAGGAGACUGUAAGGGAGCUGGAGUCGCAGCAGUGUAACGGUAUCUUCAUCUGGCGCCUCAAAGGUUUCUCUGUCCACCUGCGGAACCAAGAAGCAGGCCAGCCCGUGGUUGAGCACAGCCCCGGCUUCUACACAGGCCGUCCAGGCUACAAGCUAUGCCUGCGCUUACACUUGCAGACCCCCAAUGCCCCGCGCUGCUCCAACUACAUCUCCCUCUUUGUCCACACCAUGCAAGGAGCUUUUGAUGGGCAGCUGACCUGGCCGUUUCAGGGCACCAUCCGCCUUACCAUCCUAGACCAGGGCCCCGAGGGCCAGCACCACACGGAGGCGAUGGAGACUAAACCAGACCUGCAGGCCUUCCAGAAGCCCACAAUCCAGCGCAACCCCAAAGGAUUCGGCUAUGUCACCUUCCUGCACCUGCAUCAGCUGAGUCAGAGAGCCUUUGUUAAAGAUGACACUCUACUCAUCCGCUGUGAGGUGACACCACGUUUUGACAGUAUGCUUCACCGCGAGGGACCAACAGUGCAGCCUAGGGGACACGAGGCCCCAGUUUCAAGGGACUGAAGUAAAACUCCGAUCUACUGGAUUAUCAUCAUGCUGGGAUGUCCCAGAACUGUGUUUAAAUACUGCUCAGUUCAUUUUAAUUAUUGGACAUCAGGGGGAGGAAAAUUGAUGUUCACACCCAUUUAAAGUUUGGACACUGCAAGUAUGCUAAUAUUUAUUUGUUCACCAACUUUUAAUGUCAGCAUGGUUUUUGUUUGAAUAAAUAUAUACAGCACAAUCCUUUUAAUAUAUUUGACAUGUAUGUAGUCACCCACAAGGUACCAACAUUCAGCAAGCCUCAUAAGUUCAAAUUUUGUAAAUAGUCAAUAACAUUUAAUCAGCUCAACAUCACCAGUUUAAAGGACAAAUUUGGCGCAAAAUGAACUUUAACAGGGUUAAAAAACACAUGGGUACCGAGUGGACCGGUCUCUGGGAUAGGUUUUCAUGCUAAUUGAAUGUGACCAGUUUGAGUGCAAACUGCUAGUUAGCUUGUAACACUAGUCGUCGUGGCACUGGUAAAGUAAAAAGAAAUCACUUUUUCUAUAGUAAGUAAGUAAACUUUAUUUAUAUAGCACCUUUCACAGACAAGAAGGGUCACAAAGUGCUUUACAGUAAAAACAAAUAAAACAGCAACACAUAAAAUACUAAGCCAUAUUGCUAGUUAAAAGCUUGUCUAAAAAGAUGUGUCUAUACCACUAACAAGGCUGAAAAUAGCCCCACACUUCCACCGUGGCAUAAUGAGGGUCCCUUCAUGUAAACUGAAGCUUUGAGAACUUUGUAAGUGUACAGACAGUUUAUUAAAAAGGUAGUUUAUAAAGACUACUGUUCGGUACACAGGCGAUCUAGGGAAAACAGUCAUUACCAGUUGAACCACCCAUAUAUUUUAAUAAACAGUUAUAAUUCAUGCAUUUCCAUGUAAUUACAUUUCACAAACAUUCGUCAUUCGACUGGUCGUGACUGUUUUCCCUAGAUGGCGUCCGCCUGUAUACCUAACAGUACUGUCUUUAUAAACUAUCUUUUUAAUAAACUGUCUGUACACUUGCAAAGUUCUCGAUGCUUCAGUUUACAUGUAGGGACCCUCAUUAUUCUACUGUAGAAGUGUGGUGCUAUUUUCAGCCUUGUUAGUGGUAUAGAAAUAGUGAUUUUGUUUUACUUUAAGACUAGUGUUAUAAGCUAAUUAGGGGUUUGCGCUACAACUGGUCACAUUCAAUUAGCAUGAAAACCUAUCCCAGAGAACGGUCCCUAUAUGGUACCCAUGUGAAUGUGAAUUGUCCUGUUGCAAUUGUUACGUGCUUUGAUUCAAAAUACAUUUUCCCAUACCAAAUCAUGAAAGAACUGUCUGGGAAACAAUAACGUGCCAAAAACACAAAUUACUUAUAAUCACCAUUUGAGACCUUAGUCCAAGAGCAUCUUAAUUUCAUGCCAUUCAUGUGUGCAGACAGUCAGCCAGAAAAGGAUUCUGUAGUGCAAAUGCAACGCAAAGUUAGCCACUUUCACUGGAAUGAACGGUGUGCCAUCUCAGAAUACAGUAUCCAUUACAGAAGAUGAAGCAGCACCCAAAGAAAAGAAACAAGUCUGUCCAACAAACAAAAGGAGGGCUAUGUGACAUCUGUUGGUUUUAUGGUAGUACACUGUAGAUUUGGUGGCGGUGACACGGCGAGCAGCUUAGUGAUGUUCCAGCAAAGAAUGAAGAAGUACUUGAUGUUGAUAUGGAUAAUGCAAGAUAUUCAAAAGUCUGCUUCGCAAAUGUUUUAUGAUGCCGGAAAUGCAUAUUAUACAGAUUUGUUGGACCUCGAGGAUAACUACAGUGUAUUUUGAUAAGAAACACUGACUGCGUAAGCACAUUUUAAAGAAUAGGAAUAACAAAACCCAGUAAUGUGCAUUCCAAAUUCAGCAUUUCAUACCUCACUACUUUUGACUGCACUGUUCUUAGAGCAUCACAGUGACCUAUCAGU